AUGAGUAACGGCCAGACAUGGGAGAAUGCGCAACAGCACCUGCUCCGGGGUGAGCAGGCAGUGGCUCAACGCGUCAAAUCUGCCUGGGCGGGCUUCACAGACUUUGCACUGCGCGACAACGUCCUCGAAGUCGCGGUCGGUCUGGUAAUCGCGUCCGCGUUCACCGCGGUGGUCAACUCCCUCGUCUCGGACCUCCUCCUCCCGCCCAUCUCGCUCCUACCGUUCUUGUCGCACAGGAACCUGCCCCAGAAAUUCGCCGUGCUUAAGAGGGGCGAGAACGGUACCCAUUACAACACACUGCAGCAGGCGCAGGAUGACGGGGCCGUCACGAUGAACUACGGAAUUUUCCUGGACCACUUGGUCAACUUCCUUGGUCUCGGCAUCGUUCUCUACUGCGUUGCGCAGUUCUACUCCUUCGUGUCCAAGGACUCGAUCAUCAAGCACACCGUGCGGUGCUACGCUUGUCGGAAAGAAAUCUCCACAAAGGCAAAGAGAUGCGCAUUCUGCACCAGUUGGCAGGACGAGAGGGAGGAACGCGAGACUAGUGCGCUGUAA